AAGUACUCUCAGGAAACAGCAGAUUUUCCCGGUUUACCAUGUGAUCACUUAUCAGCUGAUUCGUGACGUUUUACAAGGAAGGCGAAACUCGACAACAAAACAUGGUACAUUUACUUGCCAAAUUACUCCCUGAAGAAUGUCCAAAACUAUUACACAGGGUGGUGGAUAGUGUAUGUGGGCGGGAGUCCCCUCGGAUGGCAGACUAUGGUGACAUGUGGACCCUUGUAGAAUGGAUGGAGGUCCUCGACUCCCUCUCCUCUCUGUUCCGGCUCGUCGUCGGUAAGAACACCCCAGACGAAGAGGUGCUGGCAUCGUUGGCAGACGUGGGCCGGGGGUACGGAGAGGCCGUGCUGACCGUCCUGAGGGCCAGACGGGAGGAGAUCCGCCAGGCGCUGGUGGAGAGAACCAAUAACGUGUCUAGCUCCACCCUCCAGGACUUUGACUGGCAUAUAAAGCUGGCAUUGGCCAGCGAUAAGAUCUCGUCUCUCCAGACCCCUCUACUCAACCUCAGUUUGGACGUGAAGGAGAACGGGGCCCUGAAGCCUGUGUCUGUCGAGAUGAACCGAGAGGAAUUACAAACACUCAUCAGCUCAAUGGAGGCUGCCAAUAAGGUGGUACUACAGCUGAAGUGAUGGUGGCGAUAGACAUUUAUUUCACUGUGCCCUUUCAACUAUGGCUCUUAAGGGGACGUGCAAUUUCAUCAUAGAUGGACACUGAACUAUGAUGCAGUGUCUUUCUGGAAACAGUGGUCUGAUACAGCUUUUAGCCUUCAACCCCCUUAGGCACUGAUUCCUACGCUUCCCCUAAUGAAUUCAAAAUCAUUGAAUUUGUGUAAGCAUGGGAUUGUGGGUGUUGCGCCAUAUUCCAUUUAUUUUCAAUCCAUGAGGGGGUGUGAAUGAGUGCACAUUUUAGGGAAAAGGAUAUAGAAUCAUACUGCAGCAAGAAGUAGUCUUUUGUGCUGUUUCUUUUGUAAUCCAUUCUAUUACUGUGUAAUAAAUAUUAACGUUUGACCUUU